UACUAAUGAGAUGCAGUAAACCUAACUGAAGCUGAAGCGGCAGUUUCGAAAAUUUCAAGAUGGCGCAUAGCGUUGUCGAUGUUGUUUCACACGAUUUUUUAUCUACAGAUUUGAAAUUACUGGAAGCAGAGUAUCAAAAAGCGAAAUUACUAGUUCAGCAAGAUACUUUAAUCUGUGAGAAGUGGGGUCGUGAGAUAGAAAUGUUAUUUAGCGAGGAAAAACUACACACUGAAAAAUGUCAAAAUAUGGUUUUGAAACGAAAAACAAAGAAAUACGAAAGAGAUUUGGUGGAACUUAAGCAGAAAGCCAAGCAAGAUCUCAAACAGACAGUGGCAGACAUUUCAGGCGAAUUCAAGAAAAAGAUAAAACACAUGGAACAAAAAUCACAGAAAGGCCUUGAAGAAGCAGAGUCUAGCGAGUUAAGACAGGAAGUGCAAUUACUAAAGGAUCAAAUAGAAUCUCUGAGACAGGAGGUUCAAGACAAUGAGGCAUUACUGUCACAGGAAAGGAGCUCCACCAAUGAGACUCUGAAACAAUUGACCACUGUCAUGGACGAUGCAAAAGCAUUCCAAGAUGAAGCACAACAGGCUAAAAGGGAAAAUAGAGAACUCAGGAACCAGCUGGAGAAUCUUCAGAGCAAGUACAACAAGACGGUUGAUGAACUAGGGGACCUCAAACAAGAACUCUGCCAAUUACACAAUGUACUGACUUCAGACCAGGAAGCACAGACCUCUUUUAUACAAAUGGUAGACCACUCAUGCUCCAUGACGCCAUCGCCAACAAGCGAGGCAGCAACUCAAAGUUCAGCCAUAGCAACAAGUGACGCCUCCGUCAUGGCAACAAGUGAGGAUGCACUCUCGCCAGCGGUCCCUAUAGCAACAGCGGAUGCAGAAAUUCAGACGGACCCCAUUGUUCCAAAUGGUGCCAAUACCAAGCGAGUUGAUGGAAGUGUUAAGCCAAUACUACGCGAGACUGCUGAUGUCCAAGUCCAGACAGAUGAUGCUGUUUUCAACUCUAAAGAAGCUUUUCAAACCAUGAGCAAAAAGACUCCAAAGGUAAACGGCAAAAAAGGUACUAACAAGAGGGCAAACGGCAAGACGGCGCGCGAGACGGACGAGACUUCCGCCCCAAGUCGACCGAAACGCGCGGCUCCAGGUUCCCGAAGAAUGAAGGCGACUCGCGAGGAGGAGGUCGGAGAUGCUCACGAGAAUUCUCUCGUCACUGAACACGAAAACGAGAGCGAUACGGACGACGGCUUCGCCACGUUUGUCAUUCCGAGAAAGCAAAGCCCGCCAAAGAACAAAGACGAUGACAAACCAAAAAAGUCUCGGAAACGCCGAGGAAAAAAGGGCGAGAACGACAGUACUUCGGGUACCGAUCAGACGGUAUCGGAGAACUCAAAACGCCGGGGUAAAAAGGACGACAAAACUGCGAAGGAAAAUAGCGGUGGCAAUCAAACAAGCAAUUCCCAGGCGCCUGCUCGCCCGUCGCCGAAUGAAAGCCUUCGUCAGUGCAGUGCGAGCAUCAUGGCCGAGAUCUCCAGCAUUCACAAUGGCAGCAAGAAGCGGCGGACCCUUUACAACCCGAAGGACCAGUCGCUCAUGGUCUCCUUUUUACCGUUAAAGGAGUCUUUCGCGAACACGACUGUUUCCCGUGGUCACAUGAACAACUCCGCCAUGCCACCCUCCCUCUCCUCUUUCAUGCGGAGCUUUAUCGCGCCAAAGCUCAAGAGCAAGUCCACCUCGGCUUAGCCCUUCUAAGUAAUGAUGCCUUCAAAUGCUCCUUACUUGAAGCGUAGCCCAACUGAGAGAGUAUGUUAAGAGAAUAUAGAUGCAGAUCCAACAAGUCUUGAAAGACUCCGUGGGAAGGUACCAUUUUCAGUAUAAGGAAUAUUGGUCCUGAGGGGGCGCUAUGGUGUCUGGGAGAGUUCUCACUCACCACAGGAUACCCAAUAAGAGCCCUAGGAACUGCACUGCUGAAGCCUUGCUUUCAAAUAGAAGAUAUUGAACCGUACUCUUACUACGCCCCACGCUAGUUGGUCACCUCACUGAUACAACUGAUGACUGUGUGGGCUGGUUUUAAAGGUGGGCUUAUCGUCAGAUAAACGGCAAAACUUUUGUACAGUUUUUGGCCUUAUCUUUGAUAUUUUAAAGUUUUCAAUAGUGUAUAAAGAAAAUGUUUAUAAUUCUCUUUGUAUAUAAUAGCCGAAUAGUAAUAAAAAAACUGUAACACGUAAGUUUUACAGU